AGUCUUCCCAAGGACCUCCAAGUGUUCGACACGCAGGAUAGCUUAACUAACAUCAACCUGAUGUGUAUAAACAAUCAACAAUGAUAUUUAUUUUACAGAGGACAUAAAAUGGAUUUUUUAGUGUUGUGAUGUGAUUCAAGUGACUGUUUUGUGGUUGUGUUACCAUUAUUUGGAUACUUUAUUGUGACUUAAGGCAAAAUGCCGAAAAUAUUUUUGAUCAAAAAUAGGUUGCACCAGCAACAGUUGAGGCUCGAGUCUCAAAACGCUGGGGACGCGAAAACUGAAUUAGGACUCGGCGAUUGCCAGCCUCUGUCAUUAAUCGUCCAGAAAAAAGAUGAUCAAGAAAAAAAGCAAGAAGAUCGUUCUAAAACGAAAACUCCACCGCCAGAUGUAACGAAACCUACAGGUACUCCCCCUCGACGAUUCAUCUCCUCCAUUCUUGGAGGAGAUAAACCUUAUGGCAGUAGAGGCCACGUACUUACCAGAGCCGAACGAAAAGAAUACCCGGCUUUAUUCAAACAAGAAAAAGUAAAUAUUCCGUCCACACAUAAACCAUCCGAAGACGUACCACGUCCGCCAAAUUUAGCACCGGUUCGACAAUUUUCCGUUAUUCAAAGAACACCGAAAUCUACGACGAAAAGAGAAGAAGAUACCGAUACGAGGGUACCUACGAAUUUAGUCAUACAAGAACCCGAACAGGAUCAGCCUAUCGAUUAUCAUAUACCUAAACGGAGAGGGGAAACGGAAGAUGAGGAGGAAGAGAGGAAAAUCAGGGAACAAAGAAGGAGUCAUUGCUCGAAAAUCAUCAAUCCUCUUAUAUCAGUGAGGUCACUCAUUGGAAAAUUUCCUGUCACGUUAUCAGCUGCUGCGGGUCAUGGUAGAGGUACCACUGGUAGUCAAUCAUCGGGUAACCAAACUAAUAACUCAUCUACUAGUGGAGGUACCGUGAACUUCAGUGGGAGUGCUUCGAGUGGUGGAGGUGGUGGCGGCGGCGGUGGUGCUAUUGGAGGAGGUACAGGAGGAGGUGGAAUGAAUCCAGGAAGAGAUGGUAGACAGAAUUAUGGACCCAGUAGUCCACCAACUGGUAGCUUACCGCCCUUCUAUGAGUCCCUAAAAGGCGGCAACAGCAACAACAGCUUCAACGCCAACGGAAAUUUCCCUUCAAACUACAUACUUUCGAAUCAACAAAACAUGGAUUGCGAUACCGGUCAAGAAUUAGGAAAUUUAACAAUCAACGGUAAUCAGAGCCCACCAAAACAAUAUUCGACCCUCCAAAACGCAUCCUACGGUAUUAUAAUGAAAGAUGAAAGCGAUUUGGAAUUGUACGAAGGCAAAAUGGAUCCAAUGAAUCAACUUCUUCCUAGUGGAUAUUCCAAUUACGACGAUUCAAUGAUGGUUGAUUUAGUGACAGGUACAGUUGUAGAUCCUCUACAGUUCACUGCAACAUUAACAUUUUCUAGCGCGGCGGAAAACGCUUUGUUGGAAAAUUUCCCGGACGCUACUGAUCUCUCAUCAUUUCUACAGAGAUUACCUAGUGAAGAAAAUGAUAGCGAAGAAGUUGGUGCGGGAAAUAUGCACUCACCAUCCAUGACACCCGAAUCUCAAUUACAGUCUGUUGAACAAAAUCUAGAUUCCUUCAGUGAGCAAAUGCUAAAUCGGAAUUACGAAAGCAGAAGCUCAUUUCCUCAUAGUCAUUUUUCUAAAAUAUACCAAGAUACUUUGCCUCCUUAUCAAUCUCCUCUCCAUGAAAACUCUCUUCAACUCCAUCAACAACAAAUGUUAUCUCCCUCUCUAUCAUUCAACGGGAGCGGUUUGGAUCUGGAUUCUCCUACAACUAUGAGUUUGCCUUCGCCCGGAGCUGCGAGCUGUUCUUUGGACGGACCACAUGGAGAUGGAAGUCCGAUAAGUCCACCAGCUAAUGUGAGUCGAAGGAGAGAUAGUACUAGCAGCGAAGCUCCCUCUUUAGGAGCAAGGGUUAAUGUGUUGCAUAGGUUGGGGUUGCCGUCAGAAGUGCAAUUAGAAUUCGUAAACGGAGGUCACGGCAUCAAAAAUCCUCUGGCGAGUCAGGAUACGGUACGAAGCAAUUCGAGAACUGAUGAUAAAACCAAAGUAGGAUCAAUCACGACAGAAGAUGGCCAAACAAGCUUCGCUUGUAGGAUAUGCAAUAAGUCUUUUGCUCUUCAACGUUUAUUAAAUAGGCACAUGAAGUGCCAUUCCGACGUCAAAAGGUAUUUGUGUACGUUUUGCGGUAAAGGAUUUAACGAUACUUUCGAUCUGAAACGGCAUACGAGAACUCAUACAGGUGUCCGACCUUACAAAUGUAGCCUUUGUGAGAAAUCAUUUACACAGCGGUGUUCUCUCGAAUCUCACUGCCUUAAAGUACACGGAGUACAACACCAAUACGCAUAUAAAGAACGCCGAACAAAAGUUUAUGUAUGCGAAGAAUGCGGUCAUACGACAAAUGAACCAGAAGUUCAUUAUCUUCAUCUCAAAGAAAAACAUCCUUACAGUCCCGCUUUGCUCAAGUUUUACGAUAAAAGGCAUUUUAAAUUCACGAACUCCAAUUUUGCAAACAUGCUGUUACAAGAAAUGGAAAGUAGAACAAGGAGUCAAGUCUGACAUUGUCUGUCCGUCGUUGAUAUUCAAUUCCCAUAAUGCAAAGUCGUCACAUAUUCUUUGCAUGUAAGACGGAGACUAUAAAUAAAAAUCGGGUUUUUUGUGCAAUCUGGUGGAAGGAACUGGGUUUUUUUUUUAAUUUUAAGUUAGUUUUAGUUUAUAAAAAAAAUGUUAAAUAUUGGAGCGGAGUUAGAAUUUGGAAAAAAGUUUCUAUAAAUACAUUUGAAUUUAGUCGAUUAGAACAGCUAGAAAAUUGGAUGUGCACUAAUAAAAAAAGCAAAAAGAUGCAAUUCAAUAAUAAUAAGUUUUUCGUAUUUAUUUACACACUAUACACUAUUUAUAAUAAUUCACUUAAAUAAUUUUCACGAUUACUUUCAUAAUUCGUUCGUUUUACCACGACUAUUUAUUUAAAACUAACUAACUGCGUUUACACAUUUCAUUUAUAUACCUAAAUAAAAUUCUACAAAGUUCUAGAAUAAAAAGAAACAAAUAAAUAAGACUUUCCAAGAAAUUAUUUCGAACAAAUACUGUAAAUAAACCGCCUGCUACUAAAUAAUUAAACAUCAAACGAGUUCCAUAAUUUAUAAAAAAUAUGGAAAACGUGGCGAACUUAUAAAAGCACGCGGUGCUUUCUAUAACAUUUUUAAACUAAUUUUGCGUUCUGUAGCUAAUAGAUCUGAGUCCAAAUUUUUCACUUUCCAUUAUUCUUAGUUGACUGAAACAUAAAUACGUUACGUGUCUCUAAAAUAGAAUUUUAUUCCUAUGCUAAGGUUUUUUUUUAGUUUUUAGUUUGAUUUAUGCUAAAAGCGUGUUUCUCGUUAUUUUUAAACUGUAUUUAUUGAAAUUUUAAACCUGUCUUUAACUCAUACAGAGAUGUUGAUGGUUGCAUCUCGAUUUUAUAAGUUUGGAACUGCGUGCUCGUGUCACACGAGAGACAAAACGAAAUUUAUGAUUACUGGCAAAUGUAAUCAAGAAAAUCAAAUAUUUUGAUAGAAUUAUUGCGAAUUUUAAAUUAAAUCUUAUCGCUCACAGUUGGGCCAAACUUGAGGUCAAAAAGUCAGUUACAGAGUUAGAGAGACAUAAAAAUAUACCUAGAACGAGAUUUAAAUCACAGUUUCCGAAAGUCGCGUUCAAUUUUCGGUGGACAUUCCAAAUUUAAAACAUGGUCUACAAGAACUUUUGUUUUUUUGGUACUUUUUCGUGUAUAAAUUCUUCCAUUAUCAAUGGUUUAUCCACAUUGAAAUGUGUCAAUUUAUUUCAAACUAUCUCUCUAAGGAAAUGAACGUGAUAUUAUUUUUGAAAGGUACGUUUUUCCCACAUCAUUUUCAACUCAACAAAACUUCUUCUUUGAAAAACAUAUGACUGGUUUUUCAUUUAUGUCUCCUUUUUGCGUGAAAUGUAAAAGAUUUUUCACAACUGCACAAUUUAAAACUUUUUUACUUUCCUUUUAAAAGGUAUUGAAAAUAAUGAUAGACUUACGAAAGGAAUAAUUAAUAAAUUUUUUGAAAUAGUGCUAGUAAUAGAUAAACUGAAGAAAUAUUGAAACUACUUUACUGCAAAUUGUCUGGAAGUGUUAUGAACCUUCACGUACUGUUUCAAAGAAAGAUUAUUAGUGCGCAAUCAAUUCUCGAUCUAUUUUGGUCGACCUAUACUGUGUUCAAUAAGUUGAAAAUACUUUGAAAUCCAGUAGUUUAUUUACAUUUUCAAAUUUAGUAAUAUUAUAGUCCCAAUUAUUUUGUAAAUAUUAUUUUUUAGUUAUAUACCCUCUCGAAGAAUUGAUUAAUAUUUUAAAUGAAAAAAGCCACAUCAUUUUAUUAUUUUUUAACGACCUUUUAAUAUCACGUGAAACAUACAUUCCGUUAAAUUGACCUUAGUUCUAAGGUCAAACUCAAUAAAGUUGAUUCAAACAAAAAAAAUUAUUUUUCAGUACAAAAUACAGGUAAAUAUAAAAAUUAAUCUGUAAUAUUGGAGAAAAAUGUUCAAAACUUUAAUCAUUGUAUGUUUCUUGAUCUACCUGACAUUUCGUCAACUUCUACGUUUGGCAUGUUCAGAAAUUGUUUAUUGACUGCAAGCGGCUACUGAAGAUGUCAACUGCACAAGUUAUUUUCGACUUAAUACCCCAAAAAAACGAAUGCCGAAUUCAGCUGGAAAUUUAUCAUUGUCAAUUUAGUUUGUUCCUGAAAUGCUGAAUGAAUAAGGAAAGUUUUUGUAGUGUCAACUUCUAGGAUUCUGUGUAUUAGCACUACAUCCUUGAAUAUAUAACAUAUUCCUAUGGAGUUAAAUCCGCUAAGCAUAGAUACCACGGAUUGUUAUUAUACCAGCAAAUCAGAGCUACAUUAAACUUUAUAACAGUCUGAGCAUUAUAUAGCUAAGGACUCAAUCAGAAAUUGCCAGAGAGCCAAUCAGCACUUUGACGUAUUUUUUGUGGCCCCCCAUGUUCACAUGGAGCGGUUUUAAAGCAUUAAAAAGAAUAAACGCAAGCAUGCGCGCUCUAGACUUUCAUAAAUGUCAAACAUAGUUUAACUUGUUGAGAAACUGUCAUAAUGUGAAUGUCAAAAUCAUAACCUCACUGUUCUAGUGUAGUUUGUAGUGGCAGAUAUGCUACUAUGCUUGUACGUACUUAUGAGUGUUUAUAUAACAAACAGUCGGCUGAAUGCACGUACGUGUCUUAAUCUAGUUUGUUUUGUGAACUGGUGUGUGACUGUGUGAUAGUUGAUCAUAAGCACGUUAGGAUCAUUUGAUUUCAAGGCUCCAGAGGUAUCAAAGCAACUGGUCGCGUUGGAAAAGGCAAAUCACCGUACUGCUGAAGUAUCAAAAGGUUUUGGAUGUCGUAAACGGUAAGUUAACAUUGACUGCCCUAAUAAGGAUGAAUUCGAAACCAAGGACUCGUUUGCUCAGUCGUUUUUGGUAAAUACGUUGAACGCUACCAAUGAGGAACUCUCACGUAUUCUUGUGAAACGGCCAAAGAUAUUUGAGCGAGGUUGAGUUCUGUGUAUAAGCUGAGGUCAAGUAAGAGAUUAAAUAGACUUUUGGUAUCUGUCUUUUCUUAUAGAAUAAUGAAUGAGAAGAUCAAGCUGGAACACGUUUCAAGUCAUCAUCAACUUGCCGAUAUGUUUGCGAAGAGUCUUCCUGCUCCUGAGUUCUCAACUAAUAAAAAAUCCAUUGGAAUUUGGGGGAAGGUGCUGGAGUACCUGGUCAAACACAAGACAACAAUAAUGGACUUACCGUUUGAAUAUUGAUUUCAAUGAAACGGAAACUAUUUUUUUUGACAUUGACAUUCAAUUUGUCGAACGUUUUUAAAUUGAUUUUAAUAUAAGUCACGAGGUGGGCCGAAGUGAGCGUUGGAAGAAUUUGCAGAAUUUUUAAAACUCAAGCAACAGAGAUCACAACCUUGAGAGUAUCUCAUUAUUUGAUGCGGUAUGGGAUAUUAUAAGUACUUUUGAUACACCACCGAAUAUUUCACCAUCGUCACAGAAGCUAUUUCAAUUUUACUUCAAUAUAAAUCAGUUAAAUACUCGAAAAAACAUUCAAUAAUUUACAAAUUAUAACAUGAGCCUUUCACUUUAUUCUUUCUGUUUUGCUAUUCGUUAGUAUUUAUCUCAAAAACGCCUCGUAAACAAUGGUCGUGAGUGCUUAGUGGAAUGCACCCUAAUAGUACACCGACCAUCGAAAUACAAAUUGAACGAUGUCACGUUUGACACUUUCAUACCCAAAAGUAUGUUCGUGUGAUUAAUUCUGUCGUGAUUUAAGAGAUUAUGAGGUAUUGCAAUUGCACGAGUGUCGAUUUUUUGUUCAGCUAACCACUAGCUGGUGUAUUUUAACUUUUAUAAAGUGUUUGAUUAAUUAUUUGGUAUGAUGGCAGAAUAUUUAUUUAAUUCAGUGAUACAUGCGUCGAUUUGUUGAUUGGAGCACUCCGUUCCGCAAUCACAGGGUAUGUUAGGUUAGGGUAUGUUCGUGUCAUUAAUUCUGUUGUAAUUGUGGUUUAAGAGAUUAUGAGGCAUUCCGUUUGCACGGGUGUCGAUUUUUAGUUCAGUUUACUAGCUGGUGUAUUUUAACUAUUAUAAAGUGUCUAGUUAAUUAUUUGUUAUGAUAAAAGCAUUUUUAUACGAAGUUUGAUACAUUUUCGAUUGGCUUUUUUCAUUUUGAUAAAAUAUCAGGGGGUGAUGGAAUUUUUCUGAACUUUAACGCGUUCCAUUAUACAAAUUCUGGUGCUUCAUAGAUAUACGAUAAAACUAUGGUGCUGCAGAAUAUUUUCACACAUUUUGAUGAAACGAAAUGAAAUUGUUGUGAUUUAUUUUACUAUUACAACGAACAAAUUAUGCAAUACUUUUAGAUGUUUUGUUAGAAUGCGAAUUUGUUAUUUUUUUGGAGUGAGUGUUGUUUGUACAUAAUAAAUAUUAUUAUGAUUUUUUUAAGUACCUAUUUGUUCAUCGUAUAGUUGAAUUUUGUGUUAGUGUGAACUAUUUAAUUUGUUUGCCAGUGUACCUAGAAAUAUCGAGAUGAAUUUUAAUAUUAUUUAUAUGUUUUUCUUCUUACGUUACAGUAUUCACGUUUCCUUCAAUGUAUAUUUUUGUACUUAACACUAUUGAACUGAGUUAGAUCCAUCGAGAAUUUAUUUUAUUUAAAAAUUAGCUUUAACUCUAUCACAUUACUUAAUAUUUAUCAGUUCAUUCUCAGUUAUUACUCAUUGUAGAACAAAAUAUUAUGUAAUUUUCCUAAUGUUGUUAUACAAUAAAUUAUAUUCAU